AUGCCUUCAGUUCUAGCAGAAAAGGCGGAGAAGGCGCUGUCACUGGAGAGAGAGUUCAAGCGUGUCCAGCAGCAGCAGCGGCGACGGCGGCAGAGCAAUGGAGCGUCAGAAAGAUAUCGUGUUGGAGUUGGAGUUGGAGUUGGCAACUUCGAGUAG